AUGGCCGAAAAGCGCAAACUCCCGGCCCGUGACCGCCGCGAAUCUGCAGCCAAAAGACGUGUCUCCGAAGCCACGCCGCAGUCUCACAAGAAAAAGGCGCCAACUCCUCGCGCUCCAUCCCCCGAACUAGUUGACGCUCCUCUGCCAACAAAGGUCAAGGAUGGAGAUCCCUUGCCUGUUGUCCGCAUUCGACAGCCACUUUCCUUGUCGGACAAUGAGUACCAGUCAAUUGCUGAAAGUGCAGUUCUCCUCGCUUCACUCGAACGAUCGAAGAAAAAAUGGCUGAGCGAUGGCAUUCUUGUUCGAUACUACACAAAACCGAAGAAAACGAAGCGCGAACAGAUCGAAAAGAACAACCCAUCGAAAGACACCAUGACAAAAAUCGGGCCCUGCGAUGUGACGAUCGGUCCCCAUUUCUUUGAUGCCAUGAUUUACAUUGUCAAAGAUCCCAGUGCACCGCCGGCACUUCAAUACGCACCCCAGCAACGACCUAUGGUUCACUAUGGCCACCCUAAUAACUUCCAACAAUACCGACCGUAUCCCACCCCAUCCAAUCAACAACGACCUGCGCAAUAUCCUCCCGCUCCUCCGGGUCGCCCAGGGUAUACAGGAAGCCACCCUUCGCCACAACAAGCUCGUGGCCUGAAUCAAGGCAAUGCGCCCUCUCCCCAAGGAGGGCAAAAGCCACCCCAAGGGCAAAAGGGCCAACCAGCCAAGCCCAGUCCAGAUCCUGUGAUUCAAAUGCUAGCUACAAGGGCAGCUGCAGACCCUGAACUGAAGGCCUUGAUGCGUGUUGUUGCCUCAAGCCAAGCAUCCCAGGAGCAGCUCCGGGCUUUCCAAGCACACAUUGACGAACUCAACGCAAUCAUCAAAUCAAGAGAGCAGCAAGAACAACGGCAGCAACCUGCAGCAGGACAACCAAUUACACAACAAUCAACCCCUACACCACAAGCUCAAACUCAGACCCAGAAACAACAAGGUGGUGGGACGAAGUCAGUAUCGUUGGAGAAAUCCCCCCAAACCUCGCAGACCCCAUCCAAAGGUUCCAAGCAGCCACCUGUGAAAACGGAGGCGCAGCCUCAGACCCCUGCGCAAGCCCCACUGAGCCAGGCUCCUAAACCUCCCCAGAGCGCCACUGGACCGGGCACCAUUAAGGAAGAGCAAUCAGGCACAGAGCACAACGGAUCCCAGCCUGCACCGUCCGGGGCAGGGCACCCAGUUGUACCGAACCAAUCAACGACGCCUGGUGCUACAAGUACUCCAACCCCUGCUUCCACUUCCCAGCAGCAAAAUCCUUCGGUAAAGCCAACACCACCAGCCAGCGCCCAACAGCCCGGGGCACGACCAGGACCACCAUAUACCCCCCACCAACAACCUGCUUACGGGUCACAACCUCCACUUCAGUCUCGCCCACCCCAAUACGGAUCUCCUGUCCCAUUCCCCCGCCCACCUGCAAUUCCUUACGUCUCUCCACUUGGCUCUCCGCCGGUGAACUACAAGUCUGUGGUGUUCGAAUUCACAUCCCCCUUAACUCCAUAUGGAAGCAGUACGUCAGGUCAUGCUGGCUCGGGUGACCGCUAUCUUUUCCCUGAGUACACUAUUCUUGAAUGGCUCCCAGCCGAGAACACGGUCAUCGCCUCUUUUUUGGUAGUCCGGAAGGUUGCUCCAAACACACCAUUCCCUCUUGAAACUGCCACAGAAGCUGCCAACUCCAAAAGCAAAGGAAAGGGGGCAUCAAAAGCUAAGAGUGAAACGAAACCCAAAACUGAGAAGGGAAAACUACCAACCGAUAGCCCAGUCCCCAUUCCCCAGCCAGGGACGCCUGCGAUUGGGACACCACAAAAGCAGGAAUCUGCCGACCAACCAGGUCUUCUGACACCUGGCCUCCCAGGGACUCCUGUCAACGAGGCGAAUCUCAAGGAAUAUUGGCAACCAGUCACGUUCCGCAUCCACGCCCCCAAUGCCAAAAUCCUUGAACCUCUCGCCCGCGUCGUCAAGCCAGCCGACGAGGUGCGCAAAUAUAUGAACGAUAUCAUGGACCGCGCUGAGCGUGCCCCAGAUGGCUACCUUGCCAUGCGUCUGCCUCGCGAGGCGGCUUCAGAAUCCUUCGAAAAGGACGGGACACCUGCUUCUUCCGGCAAUGUCGGUUCCGGAACCCGCAGUCGUCUUUCCCGUGUUCAGCUCGCUGGUGAAGAAUCCGAGCCUGAGAAUUCUGCUUUCAAAUUCGAGGAGGAUGAAGAAGAUCUCAAGGAUUUCUAUGAUGCGCCGAGCGGGCUGCCACCGUUGAAGUUAUGA